AUGUCUGAGUCCAUCACCCAGGACCUCUGCUUGGUCGAGCGGAUUCUUCAAAAGAGGACUGAUGCAGAGACAGGAGCCGUCGAAUAUUUAAUCAGAUGGCAGGGGUCGGAUGCACAAGGAAAACAAUUUGAGGACUCUUGGGAGCCUGAGCAGAACGUCUUGGGAGAGGAGCUCAUCGAGGAAUUCGAGCGCAGGCAGGCCGCAAGGCGUGCACAGCGUCGAACAUCUCCCAGCAGGACAAAAGGACCUGGGCCAUGGGACGGUGCAACAGAUUCGAGGCACAGUAUUCGCUCCUUGCAGCCAAAUUCAAUAAUGCAGAUGAGCACGUCACUACAUCCUGAGGGGGCCUCGAUGAAUCAUCCGGAUAUGCCACAUGGUGCUGUCCUGGAGCCUUACCCUCCGCUCCCGCCACCAGGGUUCUAUGCUGGUCACCCAUAUCAAUACCCGCCGAUGUACAGCCAUCCCAGUUACCCCAUACCGUACCCGCCACUGCCUCCUCCAUCACAUCGAGGCCUUACAGUGCGUGGACAGCCCAAACGGGACAGACCGUCACAGGACAAUACAAGGUACUCCAAACGUAGGCUGUCCUCUGGAGUCGCCGGCGACCUGGGAUUACUAGUAGCAGGCUCAAGAACACUGGAAGAUAUAUCACCAGAGGAGUCUGAUGCAUUAGAAGGUGUCAAGCAACAAAAGAAUGGACAGUCGGUGCGCAGUCAUCUGGAUCGACCUGGCGAAUACGCUAUGAGAAGACGGGCUUUGAGCAGUAACGAGAACGCCCCCUCCACUAUCCGACUGCUGAAGCUGGACUUUGACCACGAAAAGGCGUUCUUCCGGUCUGUCAUCGAGAAAUCAGCUCUGGUUAAGGAUGCAAACAUGCGCGCAGAGAUGAUUCGAUUUCUAAAGGAUCCCAAUAACCCAGGAUUACCACAGGGUGCUUUGCUACUGGAGUCACAGACGUGGCUCAUCGAAGUCAAGGAGCGUCCAGAGACAUCCAGCAGUCUGUUUCUAGCACUAGAUGUCCCCAAAGGCAUUGUGAAAGCGUUGUCAAUCCCAGAGAGGCUGUUGGAGCACAAAAGGCUCCCUGGAGAGGGUAUCGUAAUGAAGGAACGUGCAGUAGUAUCUGCAAUCAUGGAGGGUGAUUUGCAAGGAUCCGGACUGUACCAAUCAAUAUCGGACGAUCCAUCACAGCUUUUAUCCAACGCACCUCCGUCAACAGCAACGGGGUCUGCAGAGACAUCAGAUCAAGACUCUCAAUCGACGCCCGCAAUAUCAUCGGGUCCAGCAGCAAUCACACCAUCAGACCCAAAACUGCAGCAUCCGCGAGCCAAUGGUGAUAUCGCCAUGGGAUUGGAAGAUUUGGAUAGGAGCCGUACCGACAUAGGCAUUAACUCGCUGAUGAGCUGCAGAUGGACGGAUUGUCAGCAGACAUUCGCCACAAUGAGGGACCUAUCAAUGCACGUUCAGCAGGCACAUUUACAGGGACUGUUACCGGAAUCAGAGCGUAAUGUAUCAGAUGCAUCCACCAUGUCACCCACUGCCGCUGACGUGGAUAUGGAUGGGCCAUGGGUGGAACCCACCUUGGAGAAUUCCAAUAGGCUUGCUCAGGAUGCAUACCAAUUGCUCCGAGACCAGAUUGCGAGCACGAAGGAGUUGACGUUGAAGAUGGACCGACAGAUCCGGGACUCGCGUGCGCUCUACAUGUCCGCGAUUUCUGGAACAAAGGAGAACAUCAGGCGGUUGGAGGCCCAUCUGGAGUGGGAGAUGAUGAAAUGGGACAAGUAUCGAGACCAAAAGGGCCGGAUGCUGGCUCGGGACAAUGACUUCAAUCCGCUGCAGGAAGAAGCAGAGUCGAAUGGGAAUCAGGCGCAGCCAAAUGGCUCACGAGCUCAUGAAGGUUCUGACCUUGAUCUUGAGGCUCGGAGGAUGGACAAACCUAUUGAGGCGCAAUCGAUGAACUCUAUUCGCGACAUUCAGAGGAUGCUGGUGGACGCCAAGGAUAACUUGUCACGACUCGAGGAGGACAAUAUGGCACUUUUUGAAAAGAGGCGUACACUGGAUGCGGAGCUGCGAUCACUGGAGCAGAGUUACAAUCAAGCUACAGCACAGCGUGCUGUUCUCAAGAACAGUCAGGAUGCCGCGCUGGAGGAACUCAAAGUUCGGACCAGGAACAUUGAAGACUGCAAGGCAGCAAUGAAACAGGACCAGAUGGGGUCUCAGAGGGUCGUCGGUGAGCUGCAGACCAUGAUUGGCGCAUUAAUGCACCCACAGCCCUCACAGCAGCGUGAACCGCAGCCAAUAUAUCCUUCUCAUGAGGCACAUGAAGUACCCAACGGCCAGACGGCGACUCUGUCACCAUUAACUGUGGAAGUAGCGGCUACAGCAGCACCGGAGACCUUUGCUGAUCCAGCGCUACUGUCUACAGGACCUUCAGUACUGCCAGCCAACGCGCCUGUAAUCAAGUUUGCUGGAUCACCACCAGCAUUAUCUUUUUGCGCUUCAGCUACUGAAUCAUCGGCCGGUAGUGCGACAAUGCCAAUGUCUUCCGAGUCAACUGCUUUUCAACCACUGGACUCUGUUUCGGUACAUCAUGAAGCGCAGACCCAAGGGACAUCUACUACCUCCAAUGUGCCCACUAAUUUCAUCGAGCUCCUCACCAAAAAUAUCAAUGGAUAG